AUGGCGGAUAUCAGCACGAUUGCUACAGCGUCUUAUUCUUUUUUAUCAUUUUUUGAUGAUGAGGACGACGAUAUGUUAGAAACCGCAGCUGCUGUGUUUUGUAUGACGCGAUACCGAGUUCGCGUUCCGCUGUAUGUUGAAAAUGUUGUUACAAAUUAUGAUGAAAUUGAGUUCCGUUCUCAAUUUAGAAUGACACGGAGGUCGUUCAAUUUAUUAACAAACCUGAUUUAUGCCACUGAUAAAGUUUCUACAUAUCAUGAUCAAGGUCGCGAACCUAUUCAGCUAGAGAAACAGGUUUUGGUGACAGUUUGGUACCUGGCAAACAAGGACUCACAUCGGGAAAUAGCCGAUCGGUUUAAUAUAACAGUAAGCAGCGUCGCUAGGACGAAAUCCCGUGUGAUCGACGCUAUCAUGGCUUUGAUGAAAGAAUUCAUCGUUUGGCCAACUGGAGCAAGACUACAACUGAUACAGGAGCAGUUUCAGGCCGUCAAUGGGUUCCCAGGAGUUGUUAGGGCUAUAGACGGUACUCACAUUCCAAUUGCGGCUCCAAGUGACCACAAGUCCUCCUACCUAAACAGGAAAAAAUACCAUUCCUUGGUGCUCCAAGCGGUGAUCACACGAGAUGCAGUUGAAACGGAGGACGGUCCAGAUAUGCUUCCAGAACCUGAGGUUGAGGAAGACGGAGAUGAUGAAACCCAGGCUGACAACAUGAACACUACUGGUGUUCAUAAGAGAGAUUAUAUAGCUGAUUUGCUGUUGUAA